AACAGUUGGAGAGUGCACGCCGACGUAAGGAACCUCCCACAUUUCUAGGCCCACGUGCCCCUAUUUACUUUUUGGCGUUGCAGUUACUGGAAAUGUUACUUGCUUUGACGCCAAAUUAAUAGAGGGCAGUUCUUGAAGUGGUGCAUCAUAAUAUGUCGCUGAUCGCUUCUACUCCGUUGACUGGAGACGAGAUAGUCUUCAACAGGUAAGUUUUAUACCACUAAGCUAUUGGAGCCUGCAUUAUUUUCUGUGCUGUAAUGUUGUUAUAUGUGAACAUGUAAUUAGAGAGGGUUGGUAACCCCAGAGAAGAUAGCUAAUGAAUGUGCUGGUGUAGUAUAUACAGGUUUGUGACUUACUGGGGUAGUUAACUACACUGGUGUUUUAACUAGACCAUUGUUUGGGUAUUUCCCACUUGCUGUAUUAUCCGUUGGAGAAAUGCAUGAACUGGAUGGUUUGAAAUGACUGUGUAUUAUACACUGGAAAGAUACAUAUGUGAUUGGGUAGUUACCAUGCUUGUGUACUUUCUACUGGGAAGGUACGUGACAAAUUGGACAGUCGUGAUUCUUGCGUCUUAUCCACUUGAAAGAGAAAAUGGCUGAAUCGAGCCUUUACGAUUCUGGUGUCUUAUCCUUUGAAAAGAUGCAUGACUGAAUCGGUAGUUGCUAUGCUGAUGCGAUGCGCUGAUAUUUUUCUUGUUUAUAGAUUUGGAUUUCUUUUUUAAAGAGGUCUCGUAUAUUUUGUGUGAAUGCCAAGUUGGGAAAUGAUCGGUUUUUCUUUGAGGGGCGUUGUUGCAUUUUUAUGUAUUUUUAUAUGCUGAUGUAUUUGAACCAGUGUUCGUUUAUUUCUAUUUGAAAUAUUUUUAUUCUGCUUUUUAUUUUUGUAUUAUUGCCUGUGCAGUAUUUUCAUGUAUUGUUUUUUUGAAUAUGUUUGCAAUGUAAACCAAAAUUUAUAUUCGCCUAAGUAAACAUGUAAUGACCCAUUCCAAUAUUAUGUUCAUCAUUGUCUUUAAUUUAUACAAUUUAUGGCUCCAAUAGUUUAUGGUAUAAAGGGUUAUCUAGAACGAUAUCGAGCACAUUUAAAGGGUGGAACAUAAAGUUAUUUGACUGUUUUUAUAAGUUAUAAGAAGUAGCAGUAACUGUUUCACAAAAAUAGCCUUUUGCUAACCUAGCUAAAAUAUCGAAAUAUGUUCGAGCAAUUAGCGAAUACCCAGAUCAGUAAUAUGCUAAAGGUUUGUUAAAUACAUUUUAACUGCUUGCACGUGUGAAUCACCAUGGAAAGUUAUGCUGAAUGACAUUUGAUUUUAUACAGUACACUGUUUCCGUUGCAGUAUAAAAUCGUUCUAGAUAACCCACAGUCGCCCAUAGGAUCAUCUAUACGGAUUCUCUAAAGGUAUGAGGAUUAUAAUGAUACUUAUUUCAACAUACCGGCGCCGUUUAAAGACCAGACAAAGGCAGUCAUUUCGCGACAACAACUGCGGUAAACUUUUUAAAACAAAAACUCUUCUUGGAUUUCAUUAUACGUUAUUGAAAUACACGAGGAAUUUUUGUUUCUGCUCUAACGGGCAAAACAAGCGAUUUUAGUUUAUGCCUAACGCUCAAAUUCGCUCUGACGUGAUUGAUUCGGCGUUGAACCUCGCCAGUGGGCCGCCUCUGCUUCUAUGAUGGCAUUACGUUUGAAGUUGAUCUAGUGUCUCAGCUACGAGGGUCUCUUACGCCUGCGUCACCGCGUGCGUCAGUCAAGAGAAGCAACGCAUUUGCCGAAGCAUGAAGCUGUACACGACGGGAUAGUCUUACUAAGGCGAGUACGAUUAAGACUUUUCAAGUAAAGUGUAAAAAAAUGUAGUAUGGAAUUUAUAUAUGUACAUAAUGAUCAGAUAAUUUUUUUUUUUUUUACAUAAAAUUCCAUUUUGUAAAGUUUAUAUUAGAUCACUUUAUUCUUUUUCAUUAAACAUCAAGUCAGGAAUGCGAUUCAUGGAGAGUUCUUGUUUGUUGGUCAUAUGCUUUAGGAAUAUUUAGUAAAACUUUUGUGGGCUUUCCUCUACCAUAUUUAUAUCAAGAUGUGUUGGGUAGGGUGAACAAAUUAGUCAUCUUUAUGCAACUAAUAGUUACCCUUCUAGUGUGUCUUUCAGGUUUGCCACUAUUGAAGUCGUGCGAUGUAAGAAGUAUGCAAUCAUCCACUAUUACAAAGUGAUUCCAAGUAGACGAGCAGUCAACACAACUUUGUUAAUUCAUAGGGCAUUUCUGGAGACGUUGGUAGCCAAUACAGAUGGCUGCUGAAAGAAUGGCGGAAUUAUCGGAUAGUUGGAGGUAAUGAGAAGGGCCGAUUGCAUCUGCAACUUUUUGUACAGAUGGCCCAGAUGUGAGAAAUUUUUACUUUGGAAGGCGGAACAAGUUGAAAUUUUCACCUGAAUUUAAGACGUUAGUGCUCAAACACACAGUAAUCUAUACAUCAGGCAUUGUGCAUAUGACUUGUCAUCAGAAAAACGGAAAAAAACUAUCAUAUUGGUUGCUACAGCAGAUUCAUUCCACUUCAAAAAGAUAAAGACACUGACUCUACUAUAUAAAUAAGGAUGAACUAGGGACAGUGGAAGACAAUGAUGUAUGUGCAGUUCAGUAUUUACCAGCUGACGAGUGCACAGAAUUGUCCUCCGCAAUAGAUGAUGCUCCCCAUCCGGAUAUUUCACCAACAACCGGUAUAGUAUCUGAGGACAGACAAUUCGACCUCAUACACCUAAAGUCUAGUGCCAGAUUUUUUAUUAGAUCUCGCGGCGCUGUAGUGAACCUGACUCUUUCUUCCAAAUAUAGCCAAAGUAUGGUCAUAAUAGCGAUAAUAAGUGCUGAGCCUUUGGCGGUAGAGCAGUGCACGCUGAUUUACUUCAUCAACCAAAGUAGCUUGGACCAUUAUAACUUUGAAGUUCAGUGUUUAACCUUGGAACCUGGGCUCUACAGUGUUGCUGUUCUUGAUGUCAGACCAACAUCCCCACAUCCUGAGAAGUAUAAUAACCUUCAAAAUGCCCAAUUUUCCUCUUUGUCAGCACUUCUUCAAAGAGGAUUUACUGUUAUGUAUUCAGAUCAAUACAUCUUGGAAAAGAGGCACCGUAGCAAACAGGACAACCUGUGGAGGUCAAAUGAUAGCAGUAAUAAGGAUCGCUGUCCAUGUUACAUCUGUAUGGGCACCGAUCACUUUUACGAUUCUGGACGAGCAAUACUCAAGUUCACCUACACCGUUAGGCCGUCAACCAACGAAUGUUGCAAGAACUGCUCAUCACUCAACUUGAUGUUGUUCCAGUACAAGAUGGUGGACAACCAGGUGAAAUGUCAGAAUCUCAACUACACGCGACCUGUUGUCCGGAAGUUCCACCAGGUGACUCUGGAGAAAAAUGUUACCGAGAGCCCCAUAUAUUACCCAAACGUGGCAACUGGCUGUUACGCAUUUCGCCUUCGUCCAUUGAUCAAUCCCAGCCCUAUUUAUCAUGGAUUCUUUUGGUUAGAGGCCGAAGGAGAAGUCUUCAAUAUGGAUGAAUGGAAUACAACAUUUUUUCUGCAACCUUAUUCAGCCCAAAGAAGUUUGGACGUGCAGUGGACAGCUCCGCCGUACCCCUACAAUUUCUCGAGGUAUGAGCUUCAGGUAUGGCAUCACAAAAACUUCUCAAUUACCUGUCGGGGGAAGUCACCACAUGGAGGAUCCAUCGAUAUGAUACCAGAUAGAGGAAAGAUAACUCUUGCCACAACGAGUUAUAGCUUCAGCAACUUAAGUAGUGGGUGGUACUGUGCACGGGUUACGCCAAUUGACCAUAGGUGCCCUCGGGAUGGAUGCCAGACGCGGUCUAGUUUGGCCAAAUUAUUAGCAGCAUUCGAGGAUGACGGUGUUGAUGACCAAGAGGAAUAUCAAGAACUGCUUGUUUUAUGUCUUGUUGGUGCUGGCGUUGCGGUGAUAACUGCUGGUGCCUCACUAGCCUGUGUCAUUGUAAGGUGCAGACCGUCCCACGGAGUCCUCCAUGUUGUUUACAGUAAAGUAAACGGCGUCGAGACAUUGAAGGGAGUUCAAGAGGUACUGCUUGUCUGGACAGCAGCUGGAAUUGAUGGACCCCAUCUUGCCCCGGUCAUUCACGCAUUCAAGAAACUUCUGAUAUCCUACAGCCGUUGCAAGGUUUAUGAUUACUUGGACCUGAUGUCACUUCCCGACGCUCAACGAGAACAUUUCCUUCAGAGCCCUACAUCUUGGUUAGACUGGGUCUUGAAUCAACAGCAUAUAAAGAUCGUUGUGGUUGGAAGUAAUGGUGGACGAAGAAGACAGUUAGAGUGGGUUCACAGUCAGCGCAUGUGUGCCUCGCCUGAUCUUUCUCAAGGUCUCAUGCCUCAGGACGUGGUUCUUUUUCCUUACCUUCUGCGCCAACUUCAGGAUAGACCAGAUUUGGCCACCGAUUACUCACGUUUAUUUCACGUCAGAUUCAGCGAUAUCUACGACGACAGUGCAGAACUAGAAGGAAUGGUUUCUUGGGCUCGAUACAGAAUACCCCAGCACAUGAGAGCUCUAACUCUUGCACUUCAUGAAGUUUCAGAUGACGAUUUCGGGUCCUGUUUCGAAGAACCAUCAGCGGAAGUCAUGGUUGAACUCAUGACCGUCCUGGCCGCCCAUCCCGGUCUUGUCGUCACUAACAACCCUCAUUAUGGAAUGAUGCAGCAUCCUACAGGAGAUAACCAAUUUUAUAGUCUACCUUCACAUUCCACGAAGGUGAAAAAUACGAGGUCUGGAAGUGUUUCUGACUUCCAGACCUUAGAAAGUUCCUUGAAAAAAACACAUGUCUGCAGUUGUGAGAACCUUCCAGAGGAUUGCGGUCAAUCACGUGACGAUGUUUCAGGCGUCACUCGUUCCCGAAUUCACAUGAGUAAGUGUCAGUCUGAUGGAGGGUGCUCGAAGCAGUGUAGUUUACACAGUUCUUUAAAUGAAUCGGCGUUGAUAAACGCACCUCAUUCAGAUAUUAACAUUGACGAUCCUCAUCAGGGAGACACUUUCCACGCUCCCGGUCCUCCCCAAGGUUUCAUCGGAGGGGCCACUUGAGCUUUGUAGUCAAUUUAGAUUGUACAUCAUUUGAUUCUCUCAAAAUAUUCCAAUUAU